AUGAGUCCUGGGACAUUCGUUGGAACGCCAACAUUUUUCCAGGUCACUUUUUCAUCGCCGUCCAGCACACCUCCGCUUCCAUUGCGAUUCUCAUUCCUUCGUUUUUCAUUUAAUGAUUCCUAUUUCAAUUAUUAUCUGACUGAUAAUGGACAAGACGAAGCCCUUAGCGAUAAUUUUCAAUGGAUCGAUUGUAAAGAUUGUUCCAGAGAAGAAAAAGAGGGAGAAGGACACGUAUGGGUAAAAAAGACGGAUUUAUUGAUAUCAAGAGGUACCUCUAAGGUCUUCGAAGGCGUGAUUGUACCUAAAGAGAGCGGUGAAUUACAGCUUCAGGUCGUUACCCUUGGAUUAAUAUCCGCAAAUUGGGAAGUGGAUCUUCGCUUUGAUGUUAAUUCCUUUCGCGAUGAGACUUUAAAACGUAAAUGGCUUAAACUAGAUACCAACGUUGAUGCUCCGAAGCUAAAGUUUGUAAACUUGGAAGGAAAUGGUGAAUUCUCCUCAAUCAAAAUAACUCAAAAGCAGGCAAAACUUGAUAUAAAGGCUAAACACUUAGCGCCGGCCUUUCUAGAUGAGUAUUAUCCUAUCGAACUGACGAUAGUCAACAUGGAGUCCGAAGAUGUCAAGGCCAUUUUCAAUGCAGAACUCGUUUCAGAGAUUCACGAGUUAGAGGAUCGAGUGGUCUUGGAUUAUAAUAGCAGUGGAGCGUCUUAUUUGAAAGAUAUAGAUUUUGGUGUAAUUCCUGCCAACGGGUCAUUCGUAAAAACCGUUUACGUAUUGGGGAAAAAGCAUUUGGGAAUUAGGACUCUCAAUUUAGUUAUUUGGUAUUCUUUUAUUUCGUCAUCACCCCGAGCUUCCUCCUCGGCGCAAGAUUGGAUCGAGAAAAGAAAAGAUAUUAGGAUACCAUUUAUCGCACCAUUUUCCGUGGCGUUUAAUAUUUCUUCAUUAGGUGAGGAGUUUGGACAAGAUAAUCUUUCACAGAACAAGUCUUCAUAUGAAAGGAUAGAACGGUAUCUUCUAGUUGCGAAGAUUUCUAGUAUCGGUCCAUGGGACAUUGAAGUAUCUGCGAUAGAUUUAGUGCUGUUCGGUCAAGCAAACGCUCAAACUAAGAUCGAAAUAAUUGCGUCAUCUACAGAAUUGGAUAAUGAAUCUUUGAAACAAUUAUGGCGACCAAGAUACAUUUUUAAUGCGAACUAUUUAUUGGAACUGAAAAUUUUGGAUGACAACUUUUCAGAGCAAAGUGUAGACCUAGGGUUGCUUGAUAUUCAAUGGAGAAGGAAACAAUCAAUUGAAAAUGUCGACAUACCAUUCGUCGUGGCAACAUUGAUGGCACCUCAACUUCAACGACACAAAUCGGACUUGUCUGCCAUUAUAGAUAUUCCUCCGAAUCCCGUUGUUGGAAAAAUUUUCACACUUACCUAUAGAAUUAUAAAUUGGUCUUCAGUACCCAUUGAAAUAUAUGUUUCGGUUGAAGUCAAUGACGCUUUCGAAAAGUUCGAUUGCCGAGAGCAAAAAUUACACGAAUUCGUGAACCAGAUAGAGUUGGACAUGAGGUUCCCAUCACUUCGCCUGGAUACAAAGAGCCACAUGAAGAUGAUUG